AUGAACGGGCUUGAAGACGACAACUUCAUGAUGAACGGGGGCUCUGAACUCAAAUUGUCGAUGUUCCCCACCAUGGAUACUCCCAGUGAAAUGGAUCUUGAUGAGCCCAACAUACUUGCGGCCGCAUUGAAAGACUCCGAGUUUGAUUUUUUGAACGAAACUCCAGAAAGUCAACCGUCCAAUUAUCAGCAACAAAAUCAUCACCAGUCUGAACAGUCAGUUCCCCCAGCCGAACUUGGCAGCACAGACCAUUUUGUAGACCCCAAGUUUCAGUGGGAGGGUGUAGACCAACCAGAAAGUAGUAUAGACCCAAUGGAACCAACUCAAUCGCCAGCGUUCACCAUGGAUCUGAAUCUCUACUUCGACACUUACUCGACAGCUAUGCCUGAAAGCGAAAAUCCACCCUCUGGAGCCACAACAGAUGUGAGAAGUCUAUUUACCAAUGAGGACCAAGCUGACCAAACCUAUCCCAAUUUCAGAAGUCAGUUCGGAGCUCAAAGCUUGCAAGGUAUUUCUCCAGAGUCUUCUGGGGCUAGUAUCUCUGUUCAACGCAAUCCCUCUCACGCUAGCUUCAACCGUCACCGUGCCAUUUCUCUUUCCGAAAGAAUGGAGAACACAUACUUGCAACCACAUCCUGAUAGAUACUACGGAAAACAUGCCAACAAUAUGCAACAUGCGGCUCGCAAUCUGGUUCACCUACUGCCAGCGGAAUUCUCAUACCAAGGGCACAGUAGCCAAUCACCUGAAAAUGAUAAUAGAUCUAGCACUUACUUGGACACUCCGGACAUAAAUCCGGGGGCUCGUCCCAACAUGGAGAGACGAGAUAAUGCUAGCUUCAGGACUUCGAUUCUGGGCCACAACAACGACCUUCUGCCGUUUACAACCAACACAUCAUUCACUCCUUCAAUUAAUUCUUUACAACUGAAUCAGCCUUCAUUUGUAUCUGCGCAACAAUAUUUCCGGCUGCUGGUGGACCAGGGCCUGCAGAACCUUGGUAGGGGGUCAUUGGAGGUGUACUCGAGAUAUGGUCUUACUCCUGACAGUAUAUCUCUGGGCACACCACCAAAUCGCCCGCAAAGGUCCUUUGCCAGCUAUUUUUCAUUCAUGGAUAAAGAUAGAAAACAACCUGCACAACAGGCACAACAUAGCUUGGAAGAUGGUUCCAACAUUGAUCAGCCUCAACCAAGAACUUUGAUAAGAAGUAUUUUUAAAGGCGGAAAUCAUGGCCAACAAGUGAUCCUUUCUCAGCAAGAUGAAAUGGCAAUCUACAAUUCAGUUCUUGAUGAGAACCAAAUGCUAGUUGGAACCGAGGACGAAUCAUACCCUAAAGCCCCAAAGAGAGUAAAGAAAGGUAUUUUUGACCGAUUCAAGCCCAACAAAUCUACCGAUGUUCCACAAGACAAUCGUCAUGAUACCACUUCUCAAGGUUCUGGGGGAAAUGAGAACGACCCUACAAAUUUGGAGCUUCUGUGGGCCAAAACAAAUUUAUCUUCACAAUCACAACCAGCCAUCUCGCGUACUUCCUCUGCUCUGAAUUCCGGAAAUACUUCUUUUGGCACAUCCCUUAAUGCUCAGAAUUCAGCUGGUCUGGAUAACCUGAAAACUCUGGAACCAAAUUACGGAGCUCUUUUUAAGGGUGUUGCUAAGAGAAGAACUCUUGUAACAAUGAAAGGAAAGAAAAAGAGUCUGGCGCAAAUAAAAAAGGAUAUAAAGCUUGAAGAGAGCAUACUCGACUCUCUCAAUGGCACAAAUGUGAAACAGGAACCUUCUGAUAUGAGUCCACAGCUGUCAUGCGUGUCGUCUCGAUCUAAGGAUCCUGACAACGAAGAGCAAACAUCAGUACCCGGAACCUUAGCUACUGCCUCCAAGCGAAUUCUAGGCUCUCGGCUUCUUAAAAGAAAAGGCAGCCCUAGCAUCAAGCCAGAACCGUCUAGCAAUGUAGUCGAAGUUGAUUUGCAAAAAUUGGAUUUGCCAGUCGACACUGAAAUAUUGCCUCAGAUCCCUCCAAAAUCAAGACCGAGAGGUCGCAGAGAAGACAAAGAGGCUGAUUUGGUAGACGAUGCAAAAAUCUACAUUUGUGGAUAUUGCGCACGUCGGUUCAAACGCCAAGAGCAUCUCAAGCGUCAUUUCAGAAGUCUACACACUGCCGAAAGACCAUACGACUGUCCCAUCUGCCAAAAGAAAUUUAGUCGAAGCGAUAAUUUAAAUCAACAUUUGAGGGUGCACAAGCAAGAGGGUCAAAUAAAAGAAGAGGAGCUAGAGGGUCUUUCAACCUAA